AUGCUGCGAGGUCUGACGGAGAGACCAAACGUACAGUCUACAUUGAUCCUUUCUCGAAGAGAUGGUUCUAUCAUAAGAGUUACGGGAAUCGCCUCUCCAGCAAGCGAGGGAAGGCCUGCGGCUUCUGCGACAGCGUACCAAUGGCCGCAGAAAGAAGAGUCACGGCGUGGCACAGAUGCGUCAGAGAAGGAGCAAUCCUCUACUGCCCAUGAAACAGAUGAUACUUCAGAGGUCCAAUAUAUUGAGAAACCAGUGGAGCGAUUGGCUUCAUCCAUCUUCCAAUUUGUGAACAAUGCCAAUGCAAUGGGUGCAACACUGGCCGCAGCUUCUCGCAAUGCGGCACGUCCAGACGGAACGUACCCCGGAGCGGCCUAUGGCGAAGCCAAAACUGUCAAGAAUAAAGAGCGAAACACUGAAGAGGAUGCGGAAAAUGGAGACACUGAGGACGAGGUCCAGUUGCUCAGGCUGCGCACAAAACACCAGGAAAUCAUCAUUUUCCCAGACCCCAACUACAUCUGCUGCGUUGUUCAAAGGAUCGGCAAGACUGCAACUGGUCAUGACAGGAGAUAG